AUGACGCUCGCAGAGAUGAAAGCAGCCUACGAAAAGGCCCAAGCAGAGCUGGCCCAAGAAAGGGCAUCCACUGAAACCUUGCAAAAAGAGCUCGAUUCUGUGAAGAGCUCAAGAUACCAGUCGCGUUUCAAGACUGGUGAGAAGCCGAGAAAGCUGACAUUCGAGAUGCCCGACGAUUUCGAAGAUCUGACCGACGACGAAGAGCCCCAAGGUGAGGAAGAUGGAUCGAACCCAGACCCGGUGACCCAGCGCCUGAACAAGAUGGAUGCUCGCAUGACAAAGCAUUACUCUCGCCUGAUGAAGCUAAUGAUCAAGCUACCCGGAGCACCCACACCAGUAGAGACCGAACCAACCGACGGGUAUGCGGCAUCACCAUUCUGUGAAGCAAUCGCCAGAGUAACGGUUCCACACACACUUCGACUCCCUACCUGGACCACCCUGUAUGAUGGAACGUCUGAUCCUUACCGACACGUCAACUUCUACAAGCAGCGCAUGUGGCAGAUCGGAAUCCCAUACGAUCUAGUCGAGCCUGUCAUGUGCAAGUCGUUCGGCGGUACCCUCGAUGGAGCAGCUCUGGAAUGGCUCAUGAACGUCGCCCCCGGAUCCAUCUCUUGCCUGUCCGACCUAAUCAACGCUUUUUAUCAACAGACAGCUAUCGAGGCAUUCAAAAGAGGUCUCAUCCCCAACUCGGAGUUGUACCGGGAAAUAACCAAGUACCCCUAUGCAACCUUCGAGGAGGUGCGAUCAAGAGCCACCGCCCAAAUGCGGAUUGAAGACGACGAGGUCAUCCGAACGGCGUCCCAACGCUCAACAGGGGGCAGCAGCGACAGGAGAUCGUACACCCCAAGGAGUAGCAGCUGGCGACACCAGCCGUAUAACCGGCAGAACCAGGUACAAAAUGUCAAUCAAUACGAUGACACUAACAAUGUUUACAGGAAUGAACGGGUCGUUUAUCCCCCCAUCUCCGAGUAUGGCUUCAACGUCGACAUCGGAGGCGUGGUAAACGCCCUUCAAAAUGUAGGUGGUACCGUCAGAUGGCCUAACAAGAGCGACAGACCAGACUCCAUGAAGGACAUGAGCAGGUGGUACGACUUCCACCGCGACAAUGGCCACACAACCGAGGAAUGCAUCUCCCUCAAAAAGGAGGUAGCGUAUCUAUUGAAAAGAGGCCACCUGAAGGAUCUGCUGAGCGACAAAGGAAAGGAGACGUACAACAAGGACAACAACGCCCAACCCAGCCCAGCACCAAGCGGCAACCGAUCGGCCCCGCCCAUGUUCGAAAAAGUGGUAAAUGUUAUUUCUGGUGGUUCAGAUAUAUGUGGACUAACUUCUUCUGCAGCUAAAAAAAUCAACAGAGGCGAAUCUGGAGCCGUCAAAGAGGGGCAGACCGAAGAUGAAGUAGCACUAGACAAGUCAUUAGCAGCGAUGAAAAUAACCUUCGACGAUUCAGAUUCAACCGACACACAACAGGAACACCACGACGGGCUAGUCAUAUCGCUCCCAAUAGGCAACGCUCUCAUCAAAAGGAUACUGAUCGACAACGGCAGUUCAGCAAACGUACUGUUCUUAGAGGCUCUGCAAGAAAUGGGACUACAAGAAAAGAGUAUAAUUAGAAGGUCGACAGUCUUAGUAGGAUUCAGUGGAGAGUCGCUACGAACAGUAGGGGAGAUAUCGCUGCCUACGUACGCAGAAGGUGUUAGUGUGAUGACCAAGUUCAACGUCGUCGACUGCCCAUCAGCAUACAACGUCAUUCUAGGACGACCAUGGAUCCACAAAAUGAAAGCAGUGCCAUCGACAUACCACCAGUCAAUCAAGUUCCCAACCAAAUGGGGAGUCAUGGAAAUCAAAGGACAACAAAGGGACGCAAAGAAAUGUUAUGAAACGGCGCUGAAACCAUCAAAGUCAUCCAUCUAG